CCUUCCUGUGUGUAGAAGACAGGCUGCCGCUACCGGGUGACCAUGGCGACUCCGCUCGGGAAGAGGAAGGCGGACUGCAGUACGAUGCUGCCCGGGCGGCGGGAGCACUAUAACCAAUAUGUCGAGGGCGCCAUCAUCAGGAUUAAGAUGGAGAAUUUCCUGACUUAUGAUAUGUGUGAGGUUUUUCCUGGUCCUCACUUAAACAUGAUUGUUGGUGCCAAUGGAACAGGGAAGUCGAGCAUCGUUUGCGCGAUUUGCUUGGGUCUAGCGGGGAAGCCUUCUUUUAUUGGCAGAGCUGAUAAGGUUGGUCUUUAUGUGAAGCGCAAUUGCCAGAAAGGUUCAGUGGAACUUGAACUGUACAGGGCUUCUGGAAACUUGAUUAUCCUCCGUGAAAUUCAGGUAUCAAAUAACCAGUCAACAUGGUACGUUAACGGCAAGAGUACAUCUUUAAAGAUGGUUGAAGAGCAGGUGGCAUCAUUGAACAUCCAAGUGGGAAACCUCUGCCAGUUUCUUCCGCAGGAUAAAGUUGGUGAGUUUGCCAAAUUAUCUAAAAUUGAGCUACUGGAAGCAACAGAGAAGUCUAUUGGACCUCCAGAGAUGUACAACUAUCACAGUGAAUUGAAAAACUUCCGGAAAAAUGAAAAAGAACUUGAGGAUGCUUGUAAAAGCAAAGAAGAGUUUUUGGAAAAAUUAAAGCAAAGAAAUGAAAGAUACAAGCAAGAUGUUGAAAGAUAUUAUGAGAGAAAGCGCCACCUUGAUAAAAUAGAGAUGCUGGAAAGGAAACGCCCUUGGGUGGAAUAUGAAAAUGUACGUCAGCAAUAUGAAGAAAUAAGGAAAGUACGUGAUCAGAUAAAAGAAGAAUUAAAGCAGAAACAAGAAUCCCAAGCUCCACUUACUCAAAAACAACAACAAUAUGACAAACAACAUAAGCAAAUUGAUGGCAGAAUUAAAGAGAAAGUACUUGAAAUUCGGGAAACUUCACAAAAAUGCAAACAGAAGCAGGAGGUUUUGGAAAGAAAAGAUAAAGAGAUAGAUGACGUUCAACAGAACUUAAGAAUGAGAAAAGAUGAAGAAUUAGACCGACAAAAGAAGAUCUAUAACAUACGUAAGAUGAUUGAGGACUGGCAAAAUGAGUUGAAGUCGAUGGCCAACCAGGACAGUCUUCAACCAGAAAUAGAUUCCAUUGGGACAGAGCUGCGUCAUAUCCAGAAUGAGAAGUCAAAUGUUGAAAGUGAACUGAGCGACAUACGAAUGGAGAAACAAAACCUAGAGAGAGAAAAGAGAGAUAAAUCUAAUCGAAUAAAGCAAUUUGAUAAUCUGUUAAAUUUGAAAGAAGAAAAAUUGCAGAAGAGGUUUUCAGACACUUACAAUGCAGUUGUGUGGUUGCGAGAAAAUAAAGAGCGAUUCAAGAAACGCGUGUGUUUGCCCAUUAUGCUUGAAAUUAAUGUGAAAAAUCACCAACAUGCCAAAUAUGUGGAAAAUCACAUUUCUAUGAAUGACAUGAGAGCCUUUGUUUUUGAAAGCCAAGAGGAUAUGGAUGCAUUUUUGAAAGAGGUCCGUGACAAUCAAAGGUUAAGAGUUAAUGCAGUCUGUUCCCCUCAGGAGUUUGUUGCAGAUAAGAACCCAUCAAAGCCAAUCGCUGAAUUACAGCAAUAUGGCUUUUUCUCGUACUUAAGAGAAUUAUUUGAUGCUCCACAUCCAGUGAUGAAUUACUUGGUCUCCCAGUAUAUGGUUCAUAAUGUACCUGUGGGCACAGAAAAGACCAGACAUUUGAUAGAAAGAGUCAUAAAAGAAACUGGACUGCGACAGAUGUACACUGCUGAAGAAAGAUAUGUAACAAAAGUAUCUGCAUAUAGUAACAAUGUUAUCUCUAGCAAUGUUUCCUUGAAAGCAGCCCAAUUUCUAACAGUAGCAGUGGAUCCAGAGGAAAGAAGACAGGCAGUUGAACAGUACAAGGAAAUUGAAAGAAGGUGUACGUUAUUAGAAGCUCGUAUUGGUGAGCUGAUCAGCAAACAGAAGACACUUGACAAAAAAGACAAUGAUUUAAGAUUAAGGAAGAAAGAGAUACUGGAUAUGAAGACCAAAAAGAGACAACUUGAACAGAAGAUUUCUACUAAAUAUGAUAGCUUAAAGCAAUUAGAGCAAGAAAAUAUCAAUCUGGAGGAAGCUGAGCAAAGAGCGAAUAGCAAGAUUAGAGAAAUUAAUGUCCAGAAAAAGAAAAUUGUUCUAGAGCUCACAGAAUUCAUAAAGAACUGCAUGCUGCUAAAUAAAGAAAAAGUAGAUUUAUCCUUAGAAAAUAUGACCCUACAAUGGAUGAAGAACAAAAUUGAUUAUGAGUAUAAAGAGGCUACAUCUAGACUGAAGGAACUGGAGAGUAAGUUCUAUGCUGCAGAUGAAAAGAAACGUAAUCUGUUGGAAACAUGUAAAGGUCUUCUGAGAAAGGCAAGACAAGCGUGUAACCUUGGACAAAAUGACGAGGUUCCUCAAGAUUUCCAAACUCCUUUCAGAUUGGAAGCUUUGGCUAAUUUGCUGUCUAUCCAUUCAGAUAAUGAUGACUGUAAGGCUUUCCAGUCCCUCCCGAAUACACUGGAUGAAAUAGAUGCUGUGCUAAAUGAAGAGCGGUCCAGAGCCUCGUGCUUCACCGGCUUAAAUUCUUCAGUGGUGGAGGACUACACCAAGCGAACCAGAGAAAUAGAAGACAUGACAGAAGAACUUUACAAGAAGAAAACAGAGUUGGAAAGUUUUAGGCAGAACAUUUUACAGGUUAAAGAAGACUGGCUCAUUCCUUUGAAGCAGUUGGUAGAAAAAAUCAAUGAGCAGUUCAGUAGCUUCUUCAGGUCAAUGCAAUGUGUAGGUGAAGUUGAUCUACACACUGAAAAUGAGGAAGACUAUGAUAAGUAUGGAAUCAGAAUCCGUGUGAAGUUUAGAAGCAGCACACAACUUCAUGAGCUGACCCCACAUCAUCAGAGUGGAGGAGAGAGGAGCGUGUCCACCAUGCUUUAUUUAAUGGCUCUUCAGGAACUUAACAGGUGCCCUUUCCGAGUGGUGGAUGAAAUCAAUCAGGGCAUGGAUCCUGUUAAUGAGAGGAGGGUAUUUGAAAUGGUGGUGAACACGGCAUGCAAAGAAACCACUUCUCAGUAUUUUUUUAUUACACCAAAGCUGCUCCAGAACCUAACAUAUGCUGACAAAAUGACUGUCUUGUUCGUCUACAAUGGUCCAUAUAUGCUAGAACCCACAAAAUGGAAUUUGAAAGCUUUUCAUAGAAGACGUCGAAGAGUAGCUGCUGUCGCUCAGUAAAUGUCUUUUUAUCUAUAGUCUUUCAUGCAAACAUUAAAAUUAGAGGGUUCCACCUUAAAGUGCUAAUACCUCAACCCCUGCAGCGUCUCCUUCCUCUAUUGGCUCAUUCUCAAAUUUCCUAAGCCCCCCCCCCCUCCCAUGUUCAGUCCAUAUGUCCGUUCCAUGGCCCCACAAAAAAGUAGAACAUGUCCUAUUCUUGUCCGUUUUGCGGACAACAAUCUGCAUUUUUAAAGGGCAGGAUAUGGUGAUCUGCAAAUUGCAGAUCGCACACGGUCGGUAUCUGUGAUUUAUGGAUCCGCAGUUUGUGUACCACAAAACAGAUACAGUUGUGUAAAAGCUCCCUAAGUGUCUUUCCAAACAAAUUUCCCGGAUUAGUCCUCCAUGUUUUCUGAGGCACUUGGUCACAACACCUUCAGAAGGUAGAUGCUGAAAAGUCUAGAGGGAGCCCUUUAAAUGGGUAUUGUUUGACGUAAUCUUAUAGGGCUCUACAUACCCUCCUGAUUUAUUUUUUUCAUGUUUAUUAAAUUUAGGUGUACAGGACGUUUUUGAUAGAGAAUAUCCUUAUUUUGUAUCUUCUUGUUGAAGUUUCUGAGAAUUAAAAGGGUUGUCUGGGGAUUUACUUAAAUUCCUGUGAAAGGAAGAGAAUUUGCGCAGCACUUCCUUUUUCCUUGUGCUCCUGUUUCUUCCUCUUUAGCUGCAUGUAAAUUAAGCAGCUGAACAGGAAGACACAGGAGCACAUCUGGCCGGGACCUCAGCGGAAGAACCUGCAGCUAGUCGGUCCGUCACAUGAUCACAGCCAAGAUGGCAGCAUCGGCACUGCAGAAGGGUAGUUGCUGAAAUUCUUUUCCUUUCACAGGUUAGCUGAAAAAGAGAAUUUAGGUAAAGCUCGGGAGAACCACUUUAACUAUUCACUAAAUAAUAAACCUAUUUUUGCCAAACUCAUAAACUGAAAAUAUGUAAGUGUAUUUAUUUUAAAAUAAAAAAUGCUUUGUUACAGA